AUGUCCCGAAUAGCCCUUCACUUAAUGGUCGACAAAGACAAACUCCUAAUCAAACUCGAAGAUGAAAACGAUCCCCAAUUGGCGACAUCACCGGAUGAAGAGGACAAACUCCUAAUCAAACUCGAAGAUGAAAACGAUCCCCAAUUGGCGACAUCACCGGAUGAAGAGUGUGUGAUAUGCAUCAGUGCCAAAGCUACCAUGCAAACUUAUCCCUGUGGCCACCGAGUAGUUUGUCGAAAAUGCUUCGUCAAAACGAUUCAAAUGGUUGUCAGUCAGCGAAUGCUUCCCUUAAGAUGUGUCAUCUGUCGCUCAAAGAUUCUUCGGCUUAAACAGACAAGUCAUGGCGGACUCAAUACGGGACACGUACUCAGGAGUGCCCGCAGUUAUGCAAACACUAAUCCAUUCUAUAUAUCUCCGGCCAGUAGUCCUGUCUCUCCUGUAACUGAAGUAUUCCGCGAACAGAGAUCUGUAUUUGUGAGGCAUUACGUCGAGUUUGGUUACGAUCCCAAUGGACAGAGUCCUGUGUUUUCAAGAUCUGGUGGAUCUAAUUGUGUGCUCCAUAAGCACUGUAUUGAAAAGGCCACAAAAGAGUCGACUACCGAUUUAGACUCAAAUGCCACUUCUCUGCCAAACACAUCCAGUUCCUCAUCACAUGAAUGUGGGUCUAAAAUAAGCGGAACACCAUUUCAAUGGCAUUUUAACCGCAAACGCAAAUACAGUCGAAGCCUACAUCGACGUCGUGGUACUAAAUCUGGUCAGCGAUCCAACUCUUCGCGACCCAACUCUCUUCUGCUGCCAAUCGAUGAAAGAGAAGAAUUGCAAGAAUUGUUUCAAACGCCAAACGCUAAUGAUUUGACUCAAACCACUGAAAGCGAAACCUCUUUCUCGUCGUCGACAGAGAACGUGGAGACGGACCACAAAUGUGACACCAAAUCGACAACUCCUUCCAGCUCUUCGUUGUCCUCUCGAUUGUCCAGAACUUUCAUGAGAGCGAAGAAAUGGAUGAAAAGGGAUAAUAUAGCGCACAGACAGACCCAGAGUUGAGUCCUC